GUUUCGGUGACGUGCUUCCUGGCGCCCCGCCGGAAGGCGGAAACGCCGAGUCGUUGGUUCGGCCCGCCGGUAGCCCCCCGUCGCGGGCUCCGCGGUGGCCGUUAUGGCGUCGGAGCAGCCGCGGGAGCGCAAAGGCGAGGAUAGCAUCAAGUUGUCAGUGGAUGUCAAACCGUUUGUCCCCAAGUUUGCUGGACUUAAUGUAGAAUGGUCAGAGUCCUCAGGAGCGUGCGUCUUCCCCAGCUCUGCAACCACUUACUAUCCAUUUAUACAGGAAUCACCAGUGACUAAACAAAAAAUGUAUCCUGAAGAUAUGGCUUUUGGAGCCUCCACAUUUCCAGCCCAGUACAUACCAUCCGAGAUGAUGAUGCAUCCGUUUGCCUAUUCUGCAUAUGCCCUUGAGUCUGGACAGAGUGUUUGCUCAGCGCCCACCCUACAGUAUGAUUACAGCCAACCUCAGGGUCGCCGAGGCUUUCAGGCAACAAAGCCCCCAAAUGAGCACAUGUGCCCUCCACAGGAAGCAAAACCUGUAUUUAAGAAAAAAUCUGAUGAGAGAAGAACAUUCAAUGAACAAAAGUUUAACAGCAGAAGGGUGGAUGGUGCCGUGCCAUCCAAGAUGAGAUCACCUCGAGGUGAACAUCACCUAUCUGCCCAUUCAGAGAAUAGUUUAAAACCAGAUGGUUAUCAUAAACGAACAGACAGGAAGUCCAGAAUCCUUCCAAAAAGCACGUCUUCCUCCAAACCUGAGUUUGAAUUUAGCAGGCUGGACUUUCCUCAACUGCAGAGUCCAAAAAACAAUAAUGUACCAGAGAUCCAGAAGCAGCCGAGGUGGGGGCCUCGCCACUCUGCUGACAGUGAAGUUUCUGUCUUAGAAGUAGGCAAGCCAGUUGCAGCGACUGUGGAGGGAGAAGAGGUGAAGACAAGUAACCCACACGAAGCCAUAGCUGAUAAUGCUGCUUCAGGGUUCCCUUCAUGUACAGGAGAGUUAUCUUGGACACCAAUGGGCUAUAUUGUUCGGCAGACGGUGUCUUCAGAAUCUUCAGCAGUGUCUGGAAACAUUAGUUCCACGAUAAGCCUAAAGACAGCUGCUUUAUCAGCAGAUGCUAAAGAUGUUACUAUGACAUCUUCUGAGGCUUUAUCUUCAGAUCCUUCCUACAACAAAGAGAAACAUGUUCAUCCUACUACAAAGGCCAAAACAUCACAAAGUGGUGAACUUGAACAAAAUGAAACCUCAAGAAAGAAUAAGAAAAAGAAAGAAAAGUCUAAAUCAAAAUAUGAAGUUCUGACAGUUCAGGAGCCACCAAGGAUUGAAGAUGCCGAGGAGUUCCCCAACCUGUCAGCUGCAUCUGAAAGAAGACACAGAGCAGAAUCACUGAAACUGCAAAGUCAACAGCAGACACAGAAUGAUUUUAAAACUAAUGGAAAGAAGAGCCAGAUUCCAGUGCAGCUGGACCUGGGAGGCAUGCUGGCUGCACUGGAGAAGCAGCAAUAUGCUUUACAUGCCAAACCUUCCUCCAGACCCAUUGUGUUCUCAGUUGGAGCAGUGCCAGUCCUUUCCAAAGACGCCUUCUCAGGCGAGAAGGGGCGCCGCUCCAAUCAGGUGAAGACCCCACACAACCCCUUGGACUCCAGUGCCCCCCUGAUGAAGAAGGGGAAGCAGAGGGAGAUUCCUAAGGCCAAGAAGCCCACCUCACUGAAGAAGAUUAUUUUAAAAGAACGGCAAGAGAGAAUGCAGCAGAGACUCCAAGAAAAUGCCGCAAGCCUGGCUGUGGGCAGCAAUGAUGCUCAGGAUGCAGAGGAUGGUGCUGAUGACCAGACCCCUGACCAGGUCCACCUGAAAGGUCCAGAGAGGACAGAAGAACCAUUGUCCCCCAUACUUGUGGUUGAGGAAGAGUCCGAAGAGCCACUUGGCACAGAACUCCAGAGGGACCCAGAGGCCUGCCAGCCUGCCCCCAACCAUGCCGCCUUUCCCAAGAUCCACAGCCGGAGGUUCCGGGACUACUGCAGCCAGAUGCUCAGUAAAGAAGUGGACGCUUGUGUCACGGGUCUGCUCAAGGAACUGGUACGCUUCCAAGACCGGAUGUACCAGAAGGAUCCAGUCAAGGCUAAGACCAAACGCCGGCUGGUGCUGGGACUGAGGGAAGUUCUUAAACACCUGAAGCUCAGGAAGCUGAAGUGCAUCAUCAUCUCCCCCAACUGUGAGAAGACACAGUCCAAAGGUGGACUGGACGACACGCUGCAUACCAUCAUCGAUUGUGCCUGUGAGCAGAACAUUCCCUUUGUGUUUGCACUCAACCGCAAGGCUCUGGGCCGUAGUCUGAACAAAGCAGUACCUGUCAGCGUUGUGGGGAUCUUCAGCUACGAUGGGGCCCAGGACCAGUUCCACAAGAUGGUUGAGCUGACCAUGGCAGCCCGACAGGCAUACAAGACCAUGUUGGAGAAGGUGCGGCAGGAGUUGGCAGGCGAGCCUAGGCCUCAGACCCCUCCCAGCCCUCCCACACAGGGCCUCAGGUGCUCUGCCCAGGACAGUUCCCCAACCUGCACUGGAAAAGAGCCACACUACAUUGAGAUUUGGAGAAAGCAUCUGGAAGCGUACAGUCAAUGCACUCUGGAGCUGGAAGACUCACUGGAGGCUUCGACCUCUCAGAUGAUGAACUUGAAUUUAUAAGAAGAGAGUUCUUGCCUAUGUGUCUGUUGGGUAAGGGAGCAGGAGGCAGGAAAAAGACUUCCUUCUCCAUUCUUUACUGAUUUAAUGUAUUUUUUUUUUUUUUUUUUUUUUUUUUUUUGUGGCUGCUGAGUUGAAAACUCACUGGCCUGAAGGCAAAGGAAGCAGUGGGUGCAGCAAUGUGAAUCCAUCAGAUGGACACUCGGGAAAGGAGCUAAGAGCCUGAGAGUUCAGCUUGAGUUCUCUCUGCUCACUGUGGAUCUGGAAAUACUGGAGAACCUGCUCCUGGGUACUUUGGCUGCUAAGGAAGCACUUCAUUGCAGUGCAGCUGAGCCAUGCCAUGCCAGAGGGUUUGCAGAGCAGGGUUGGGCUCCUGGAGGGAGGUGGGAAGGGCACUUUCUCAGGGGACUGAGCUCUGCCACUUUGUGCUACCGAUGGUUUGCUAAUGAGCCUAAGAAGGAAUUCGUUCCGGACUUGUGACUUUUUGGCAUAAGUUUCUCCUUUUAGUUUUUAUUUUCCAAAGAAGCAAUAUAUAUUGAAAUUCGUAAAUUUCAGUUUGAUAAUCUACAAAUCUUUUUUAAUGAACAUUAAAUUAUGAAUGUGGUUUCUGUCUUAGAUGACAGUCUACUUUCAUACUUUCCCUGCAAGUAAGAGGGCUUAUUUAUUUUGAAUAAAGAGUGAUUAUUUAAUUUUA